CAUGAAUUUUCAAGAUGUGAAUAGUUCCAAGAGGAAGCUGGCGCAUAGGAAACCGAUAGAUAACUGCAUAAAGGCCGAUUUAAAGAAUCGAAUAAUCGCGGCUAGAUGGCAACUACAUAGAAAAUUAUUGGACAAACAAAAAGACAGAGUGGUAUUUGAUAUUGAAAAAGAUAAAAGGCAAAUUGUAAAAGCUUUGAAAACAACUUUAAAAACUUCUGGAAUUAGCUCUGAAGGAUUGCCACUGAGAGGACAGAGUGAUAGGAGCGUUAAAAAUUGCGAUUAUUUUAAAUCUAUAUAUACUCUCUCUGAAAAAAGACUCAGAAAAUGGAGAAUAACCGAAAGACAUUUGCAAAAGCAACUUCUUUUAAAAGAGGAGGAAAAUGAGCUAAAAUCAGAGGAAGAGGCCAUCGGGAAUCUUAAAUCUUUGUUACUUGCUUUGGGUGAGAACGAGGAAGACGUUGAAAAGGUUUUAGCAGAGAAAGAUCAUCAAAAUAAAGCUGUUAAUAGACUACGACGCUGCACCAGUGCUGGAGUUGUUAGGGAGAAAGCACAACCGAUAAGACGACCUUUAUCAUCAACAGCUGUUAGAAACAAGGUCUAUUGUACCGGAAAGCUAACAGAGAUUGAUGAAAAAGUGAUAAGAACUCCUACUUCUCCAAUCUUAUCAUCUAAAAAUAGCGUUAAAUUAGAAGAAUCUCAAGAAAAACCAAUUAAGUCUAUUCAGCGACCUUUAUCAUCUGUUGCUCCAAGUAAAGGCAACCGAAUGGUGUUCGAAAGAACAAAGUCAAUUAUUCGCCCCUUGUCGUCUGGAAACGUACAAAAGAGUGUUCAUUUUGUGGACGACGACGAAUCAGAAUAUGAUAAUGAAGAUAGUGAAAGCGUUACGGAAAUCGAAGGUGCUAGAAUACCCCAAUGGAAAAGAGAUCUGAUGGCCGAAGCGCCACCUGGAGUAUUUACACAAAAGUCAUCUCUUAAAGUUGCACUAGCCAUUUCAAAACGGCAAAGAAAGAGAGAAUUAGAUAAACUUGUAGAUGAAAAUAUUAAAGAUCCUAAGACAAUUAUCGAGAGAGAAAAAACAAGACGACAAUUUUCAAGACUGGGCGUCUAUAUGGCGGUUACGGCGGUCAGAGAAGUUGGCCAGGCAGGAAAAUCGCAUAAAACAAACUUUUUAGAUAACAAACACGUAGAUGCUGCUUACAAUUACAGCGUUAAAAGGUUAUUGUAA